CCGUCGCAAGUCAACACGGCCGGCCUCACGCACCUGACCCUAGCUUUCGCCUCCAUCGACCCCAAGACGUACAGGAUGCGCUUUCAGCGAUCCGCAGACGACGACAUAUAUCGCCAAUUUGUGGCUCUCAAGCGCGAUGGCCUCGAGACGUGGCUGGGUGUCGGCGGCUGGGAGUUUAGCGAUGAGGGGGAGACGCGCACCACGUGGUCCGACAUGGCGAGCACCAAAGAGAACCGGAAGGCUUUCAUCGACUCAACGCUGGGCUUUCUCGACAAGUACGAGUUCCAGGGUCUCGAUGUGGACUGGGAAUGGCCGGCCGCCAGCAACCGCGGCGGGCGUCCUGAGGACACGCAGAACCAGGUCGCACUGAUGAAGGAACUGCGUGCAGCGUUGGGAAGCAAGUACCAGCUCACGUGUGUGCUGCCCCACGAUAGCGGAUACCUCAAGGGCAUUGAUAUAAAGUCCAUCGCCGAGCAUGUCGACUGGCUCAACAUCCUCACAUACGAUCUGCACGGCGCAUGGGAUGCAAAGCAACCGGAAUUGGGUUCCAAGAUUCGCCCGCACACGGACGUGAAGGAGAUCGACGAGCACCUGAAUAUGAUAUGGGCCAGCGGCGUUCCACCUUCCAAGUUCACGCUCGGUCUCGCCUACUACGGUCGUGGCUACACGGCAGCUUCCUCCGAUUGUCUCCACUAUGGCUGUGACUUCACCGGGCCUAGCCACAAGGGGAAUUGCUCGCAGCAAGACGGCAUCUUGAGCAACUGCGAGAUCAAGCGAAUGAUCAAGGAAAAGAAUCUGCGGCCCGGCAUCAUCCUCGAUGGCGCCAGUGCAAUGCAGGUAUUCUGGGAUGACCAAUGGAUCAGCUACGACAACGACGAGACUAUCGCCAUGAAGAAAGGUCUUGCCAAUAACCGCUGCAUGGCUGGCACCGCUAUCUGGGCCAUCGACUACGAC